AACACCUUUCUCACCAACUCGCAUCUAGAAGCAUUUAGUUUCUUUCUCUCUCUUUCUUUCUUUCUCUACAAAAGUCUAUACCUUUAUAAAUGCAAAUCUUAAGGACUUAAACAGGGCCAGUUUCUGACUCUUCUGAUCACCACCACCACAACUGCCACCAUCAUCAUCAUCACUAGCAGCAACAACAACAACAAAAACUAAUAGGUCUCUUAUAAGUACUCCUACUAGAGUACUUCUACUGCUAUCUUAACUGGUUGUAUUAUUAACAACACUUGUGGUGCUGGUGCAGCUACAACAGUGAGAAUUGAAUUACAUGGGAAGAUCACCUUGUUGUGAGAAAGCUCACACAAACAAAGGAGCAUGGACAAAAGAAGAAGAUGAUAGACUUAUUGCUCAUAUUAGAGCUCAUGGUGAAGGUUGCUGGAGAUCUCUUCCUAAAGCUGCUGGACUUCUUAGAUGUGGUAAAAGCUGUAGACUUAGAUGGAUUAAUUAUUUACGUCCCGAUCUUAAACGUGGAAACUUCACUGAGGAAGAAGAUGAAUUAAUCAUCAAAUUACAUAGUCUUCUUGGUAACAAGUGGUCUCUUAUAGCAGGAAGAUUGAAAGGAAGAACUGAUAAUGAGAUUAAAAAUUACUGGAACACACAUAUAAGAAGAAAGCUUAUGAGUAGAGGAGUUGACCCUACAACUCACAGACCUAUCAACACUACUACCAAUAUUAUUGAUUCAUCAUCUGUAUCUGAUCAUCAUGGUCAAGUUAAAACUAUAUCAUUUUCUACUAGUAAAGAAGAAGAACAAGUAGAAGAAGAAAAAGAUGUGGAAGAUAUUGAAGAAAAGAUGAAUAAAAUUGUUCAGGGAUUUGACAGUCACAAGUAUAAUAAUCAUCAUCAUCAGUACUAUAAGAAGGAAGAGAAGAAGAUCAACAGUAUUACUACCAUGGUCAUGACUCAAGAUCAUAACCUACAACCAAAACUAAAAUGCCCAGAUUUGAAUCUUGAGCUUAGAAUCAGUCCUCCAUAUCAGAACCCUGCUGUUAAGCCAUUAUUGAUGAAGAGUACUACUCUUUGUUUUACUUGUAAUUUAGGGUUACAGAAUAAAUCAGGGUGUAAUUGUAGUGGUAAUAGUUCUACAAGUAGCAUCAAUAGUAGUGGUAGCAGUGGUAAUAAUGAGUUGUUAGGGCUUAGUAGUGGAAUUUUGAGUUUUAGAAGUUAAUUAAUUAGUUUGUAUAGAUAAUUAUAAAUGAAAUUAGGGUUUGAUUAAAACCUUUUUAAGAUUAAUUAAUAUAUAGCUUAUAAAUGAGAAAAAAGAAAAAGAUGAGGUUGUUAUUGUAUUUAUAUUUGUAGACCUCUGUGGCUCUUUUUUCCACUUGUGUUGUUAAAAUUUGUGUGAUCAGAUACCAACAACGGCAAGGCUGUUAAUAGGGGUA